GUCCUAACUGAAAGAACUUUUAAAAGUGUGGGAAACUUAACGGCUUAUCUUCAAUUUGUAGUUCUCCUUCUUUGUCUACUACAACAUAACUUAUCUUCUUUUCACUAAAGAAAAAAUGGAGGCUUUUAGUUCUGAGCAAAGUAACAAAGUGAAUUUUGAAACUGAAAUUCAAGAAUUACCUGAGAGAGUAAUUGGGAAAGAAGGGUUGAGAAAAAAAAUUCUGCAAAAGGGUAAUUCUUGGAAGACACCAUUACCUGGUGAUGAAAUACAAGUUCAUUACAGAGUGAAACUUCAAGAUGGAGAAUUUUUUGAUUCAAGCUAUGAUAGAGGGAAGCCUUUUACAUUCAAGCUAGGACAAGGUGAAGUUAUUAAAGGAUGGGAUGAAGGAAUUGCAACUAUGAAAAAGAGUGAAAGAGCAAUUUUCACAAUUCCACCAAAUUUGGCUUAUGGAGAAAUCGGUUCACCCCCUGUCAUUCCUCCAAAUUCAACACUUGUUUUUGAAAUAGAAUUGGUUUCUUGGAAUUCAAUUAGAGAUAUCACUGGAGAUGGAGGAAUUUUGAAGAAAAUAAUUAAGGAAGGUGAAGGGUGGGCUACACCUAGAGAUGUGGAUGAAGUACUAGUGAAGUACAUAGCAAGCUCUGCAGAUGGAAAAACUCUGUCAAAAUCUGAUGAUGGUGUUGAGUUUUCUUUGUCGGAAGGUUACUUAUAUCCAGCCAUGACGAAAUCCUUGAAGUCAAUGAGAAAAGGAGAAAUAGCUGAGUUAACUGUGAAGCCAGCUUAUUAUUUGGAUGAUGUUGGAAUUGGAAAAUUGCAACCAAAUUCGAAUAUGACAAUUCAUCUUGAGCUGAUUUCAUGGAAAAGUGUUGUUGAUGUUACUGGAGAAAAGAAGGUUCUUAAGAAGUCAAUUAAGGUUGGUGAAGGCUAUGAUCAUCCUAAUGAAGGAUCCCUUGCAAAAGUGGUCUAUAUUGGAAAGCUGCAAGAUGGGAGUGUAUUUGAAAGAAAAGGAUCAGAUGAACAACCCUUUGAAUAUGUAUGUUUAGAAGGGCAAUUAAAUGAAAGUUUAGAUAGAGCUCUCAUGACUAUGAGAAAAGGAGAAGAAGCAAUAGUGACAAUCAGCUCGGAAUCUGUGUUUUAUGAGAUCAAAUUGGUUGAUUUCGACAAGGAGAAACCAUUUUGGAAAAUGGACACAAAAGAGAAACUUGAAGCAUGUGAAAAAAUUAAGAAUGAAGGAAAUGUACUAUUCAAAGAUGGCAAGUUUCAAUGUGCCUCAAGGAAGUAUGAGAAGGCCUCGAAAUUCAUCCAAUUCGAUCACUCGUUCAACGAAGAUGAGAAGUGUCGAGCAAAGACUUUGCGAUUGUCGUGUUAUUUGAACGAUGCUGCUUGCAAGUUGAAGAUGGGAGAGCAUCAAGAAGCCUCAAAACUAUGUAGCAAGGUUAUAGAGUAUGAGCCUUGCAAUGUCAAAGCUCUAUUCAGAAGGGCUCAAGCAUAUCUAAGAAUCAAUGAACUUGAAAAGGCUGAAAUUGAUAUUAGGAAAGCUCUUGAAGUUGAUCCAAACAACAGGUAUAUCACUGACACACAUGUCUUUCGGACUUUUCAAAAUGCGGCACGGGUGUAUUAUGUGUGUCGAAUCCUCCAAAAGUAA